CGAGAAUGUAACAUUUUCGUCGUGGCUGCUAUUCAACGAAAUGCGCCAUAUAUUGUCGUGAUGUUUUCCUGCCGGACAUGCGAUGAAUCGUGGCCCCUGGCAGGAACCGGUUGCAGAAAAGGGGGUGAGAACCGGCAGAGAUGCUGUGCUCACCCACAACUCUGUGUAUGUCAUGAAAGAUGAAACUGCGCGUUUUGAAAGGGAAUUCCCAAAGAGUUUUGAUAGCAGCUUAAUGAAAUAGGCAUAGCGCGGUGAUGGAGAGAUUUUGGCAGUAUAUGACCGAAAAGAGGGUGUUCUGAAGAACGAAAGGAUGCUCACAUGGCCAGACUAUCGACCAGGCAAGGAACUCGUUCGCGCGAUGCUCGGAAGAAACGAAUGAAAGGUCGUCGACGGCUGUGUCAAGCGGUGAGGCUUAUCGACGGCGCUCAUUGGGUAAGUUGAGCAAUGAAGUCGGUGGCUUCAGCGGCAUCAACCCCGCGAAGGACGCCGCAGCCUCAAGACCCAAGAAGCACACACGUCGACUCUCGAAGAGCUGGUUACAGGGGCUCUGGUCGAGCGAUAUGCAGGAUAGCAAUGAGUCAGAGGUGUUUCCCCGGCACCAGGCUUAUUAAGACUCUGGUACGAUGCGAUGUGACGGAUGGUCUUGAGGCUUGGCGGAGAGGAGGGCUCAAAGACUUAAGAGCUCCGUCUGAGGCCUGCGCCGUUCCUCCUCCACGACCGCUAUUAUUCCACCUCGGCCCCGCCCACGGCACUGCUUGAUCCCCGGCAUCGUGUCAAGUGACCUCAACCGGGACCGCGACCGCGACCGCCCGAUUGCUGUGAUAGACAGCCGCAUUGACUGCCCACGGCUUGCGAGAGGGUUCAGCAGUACCACUACGUCAGGUCGGUGGGUUGUGAUUGCGACAGGCUCCCCACCACUCAGGGUUCCUUCACCACACUCAACGCAGCGACUAAGCACGAGCUUCGUCUACCUUCGUCUACUAUUUGGCUCUCGUCUGCCAUUGCUAGAGGGACUGGAUCCAACCGCCCCCAGCCGAUAGGGUUUCGCACAUUAAAGUCUAUAUUGG